UCGCUGUUCCAGCCAGGUCUAAAUACACCCAUGAAGAAAGCGAUGGAUCUAAGCUUUUACGGCUUGUUCAUCGUCCUUGGAGGUCUAUCACUUCUAACGGGCGGUAAUGUACACGUGCUGGCUUUGCUAGGUAUCGCUAUUGCGCUAUUCUGCAGUAUCAAUUGGUUCUUGUCGGAGCUUGCCAAGCUGCCACCGUCAGCGAGGGAAGUGCAGCAGAUGCCUUCG